CACAAACCGUACAUGUACUUCCGUGCCUGCAUUUGCUUUUGUCACAGGGUAAACCGUGGAUGACACUGGUAUGCAGUUUCGUCGCUCUGUCUACUGAUGCAGCAUAUUGGUCUGCGUUUCAGAGACACGCCUGGCUUCUGUAAUUGUAGAAUGACGUGUCAUCAGAGCGGACGGUGAUGACUGAACGACUUUAGAUGAAAUUGCGACAGCAGACCAAUGCGAGCUGCAGUUGACUGGGCCGGCUGUGUCACGCUGUUCUGCACUGUAAAACUGGUUUGACCAUUUUGCUGACUAGUCUCUAAGUUCCUUCAUACGGCUAACCAAGACGAAACGGAGAUCGCUCCCGCUUUCAUGAUUACCAUUGCAGGGAGGGCACCUGGGUAGAGACACUUCAUCGUUUUCAUCGGAGGAGAUUCCUCCGCCCUCGUUCCACCUGCUGUCCUGCUGACCGGUGCCUAUCACUCCACCCGUCUGGGUCGACUGAUGGAAUGAAUCGGCCUUAUACCGAUAAAGUGUCACCCUACAUUGCGCCGAGCAAGCCACUGACGGAGUGACGGACGAUCUGCCUGCACAAGUCACCGCCUUCGUGUCGAAAAAGACAACAGUGGACCCUGUAUCAUUUUUAAUGCGGAACAGUGUUCCUGUUGCGUUUUAGUGCGGUUAAAGCGCAAUGGUGCAGCAAUUCGGCCUUUAAUUGGAGACUUCAAAGUAAGCCUUGAAACACUGUCGGGGGAGUCUGAGAUCUAAAAGGAAAAACACUUGUUGCUUACUUGACGACAUCACUAAGUCGGCUGGUUAGUGUUAAAUCAGAACUGAUACCCGCCGAUUUCCUCCCGUUGGCAUCACCGGAGCACUUCACCUUAUCACACAAUCUUUGCGAGCGAUUCUGUUUCAUUCUUGUCCUCCCAGCUACUGAACACAGCCAAUUUCGGCCGUUGGUGAAGAACCUGCCGCAGUUUUGAUGGGAGUCGCGUCGAAGAGUUCAAGCCCCGGGGUUCGUAAGCGAGGAGAGCCUCACAUCUGUGCACAUCUGUGUCUCUCGGGGCGGGCUCUAAGGUUUUGAAGACAAAAGCAACACUGGCCGUGUGUUGAAGUGGCCGGUUCAUGAAUCAACGGUGUCUGGACUAGAUGUUGAAAGGAGACGGGGGCGCACUUUCCAAAGCCGCUGGUCAAAAUGAGAUCAAUUUGUUAUUGGUUAACACCUGCUUGACUGCAGUCCACUUACGACAUAAAUAAAAGUGGGUGAGUUUAUAAGUGGAAACAAUGCCGUCGCUGUGUCUCGCGGGAUUUUGCUAUAAAGACGUGAUCAACUAAACCCAGAGUUCAUUCAGGAUUUUGUCAGUAACAGAACUGGUACGUUCUAACCAUGGUGUUCGAGCCUCCCGAGGUUCUGGACCAAGCCGCGGUCAUGGGCAACAGCACAUGGUCUCAGUUUGGGAACCAGUCUACGACGGCGGACGGUGAUGGCAAUAGCAUCCCGAGUAAAGAAAUUGAUCCCUAUUAUUAUAUUAACGAUGGAAACACCCCAGCGAUUUCCUUCCCACAUGUCCACAUUGCGGCCAAGAUCGUCUUGUGCUCAAGUUACGCCCUCAUGAUGAGCGUCUGCGGCAUCGGGAACUUGCUUCUCUGUUACGUCAUCUACCGCUUCAGGCGCAUGCGCACGACCACCAAUUUGUUGAUUGGUAACUUAGCCCUGUCUGAUUUCUUGGUGGCUGUCAUCUGCGCCCCUCUGAGCUUCUAUCAGCAUCUCUACCAACAUUGGCCGUUUGGUACCGCCAUGUGUGUCAUAACCAACUACCUGAAGUUCACUUCACUGUAUGUUUCGACCAACUCACUUCUGGCGAUCGCUAUUGAUAGAUACGUGAUCAUCAUGCAUCCCCUGAAACCGCGCAUGACAAAGUGCACAGCCGGCGUAGUUCUGGUUUGCAUCUGGCUGGUGUCCAUGAUUGUCGUAAUCCCAACAGCCGUCUUCACCGACAGCAAAACGAUCACCAACGAGUGGGGCAAGAUUUCAAGCCGUUGUGGGGAUUAUUGGACGAAUCCGACCCUGCUGAAGGCACACACACUCUUCUUGGCGAUCGUUGAGUUUCUUAUGCCCCUGACCAUCAUGUCCAUUGCUUACGUUAUCAUCGCCAAGAAGCUCUGGUUCCGGGAGGUGCCCGGGGGUCACGUGACCGUCCAACAAGAGCUGGCCGCCGAGUCGUCCAAGCGGAAGACGCUGCGCAUGCUGAUCAUCGUGGUGGCGCUUUUCGCAAUCUGUUGGGCGCCUUUCUACGCCUUCAGCAUUAUCCGGGACUUUGUGUACGAUUCAGCUACAAGAGAGACGUUUGGCGCUUUCGAGAACGCCUAUUACAUCGUGGAGGCACUGGCCAUGAGCAACAGCAUGUUCAACACGCUCAUCUACAUCGUCUUCAACGCUAACUUCAGAAAGUACGUCCGCCAGAUUCCGGAGUCCUGCCGGAUGAUGCGGAGAAGCCCCCGGCGCAACAACACCAAGUCCGGACGGAGGUACUGGUACCCGCUGAUGUCUAAUUCGCACGGCCUGAGGAGCUCCAUCCGAUCAAGCUUUGCACGGUCACAUUCCACUAAUAUUUCCCGAUUGGGCGUAAGGAGAGAGCCAUCUGCUCCAUCAACUAUCACUCCAUCAGGACGGAGCGGUUGAAAGUAUGUUCACAGCAUUUUGUCAGUGCAGAAUUCAAAUAAUUUAUAACAUUGUACCUGCACUCAGGCAUAGCGGGAAGUACACAUUAUCUAUUGGCCACUAUACAUUAUUAUUCAACAUUUACUUGGGCACCACACCAAUUCAGAAUCACUAAGUUGUAUCUCAGCACUGCAAAGCACUGUUCCAGGGGCUUCUUGUCAAAACCAGUUUCGCAAAUGUCCUUUUCAUCACAGGUUCUUACAAAAAAGAUCGUGAUUUAAACCGCAUGGGCGAUACUCAUGUUAAACCACUUGUCGAUACCAACCCCCUGCGCACAGUCUUGAAACAAGCAAUUACUUUUGCUGUGGAUUCUUUCAAAGAUCAUCUGAAAGUAUAAGGAUAUACUGGUAAGUUCAGAAGUCAGCAUUGGUGAACAUUUACUCGGGCGAUAGAAAGUUUUAGACAAGGUGACCAUUAGCUCUCACUGGUGGAUAAUUUCAUCGCUGAAGACUGAACGAUGUCAACAUCAUAAGAUAUGAUCACCAUAACACCCAUUUUAUUGCACAUAGGGAUUUGAAACACAGCAAAGUUGGCACACUUCCACCUAUCAGUAACCGGAUAAUUGUAUAUAAUUCACCGAUACGAAUACCCCCAACGUGUGCUGACCAGCGAUUGUGUGGACGAGAGACAUGUUUUUGUACCCUGGCCACGGGGAAACGAAAUUAUCAGCCGUGCAUCUAAAGUGGUAUGAAUCAAAAGUCUUAUGCAGAGUUCUUGCGAAGACACGAUUCUGAGCCUCGAGGCCUCGGGCAGUUCAAUCAGAGAGUAGAUUCGAUCAAUGUCCUUCUUCGUCAGCGGGAAACUUCCUACAUGGAGUGCCGACCAUCGAUUUUUAGUGUUCCCCCGCUGCACCCAGUGCUGGCUGGGCGGUAAUUUCUGCUUGUGUACAUAGUUGAAGCGUUGCGGUGUGUGUGAGGUUGAGCAGGCAGAGUGAUGUGUUGGGUGAAAGGCGGUAGGAAAAAGGCGCCGUGUGUAGGUAGUAACUUAACUGUAGGGGUCCAGCGGAAAGAAUCCGUUGACCAUGGUAACACCGUCACUGGUUUAUUGUGGUGGCCCAUGCUAUUGGCGGUAAUGUGACAAUUAUUGCACGGAGCCACUGUUCAGUGAAAGCCACUAUAUACAAGCGCAACCCGAUGCUUUCCUCAGUCUGGCGCCAUCAAAGGGGCCCAUCAUUUACAUGCGCAGGGGCGAGUCAAGGAUAGGGCUUUCUUGGACUGGGCUCAGGCCCAGUUACAUUUGGGUGGGAAUAAGCUCUCUCUAUCUUUGUUUUGUUCUAAUUCUGGGCGAUUGGAAUGGUCCGAACCAAUGAGGUCACGCCCCCUCUUACUGUGUCAGUUACAUUUAUGUCCAACAUGGCUGUACGUGCUCCACCUGAAUCAGAAGAAGAGAUUUGAAUAUUAAUAACAAACCAGAGGACUUGGCAGGUAUCCUUGGAGGUGUUCGGUUAAAGUUAAAACAAAUGAAUGAACAAAUAACUAAAUAAAUCCAAUCGGUUAUUUAUACAAGUGUGAAUCAGUGGUAAGACCCAUACGAAGAAGAGCCGAUGUUGGGCCUUCUCUGAGGUUUCCCGUCGUUUGCGGGAAGAAUUCGUUUUCAUAUCGAAGUUUCAAUUUUUCUGCUUCAGCAGUGGUAGUUACCCUAAAAGUGGCAUAGAUACGCACGAUGCCAUAUUUAAGUUACAAGAGAGUCCGUUAGCAGUUCUUACUGGAAGCAAAAAACAGCGAACUUGAGUCAGGUGUUGAUUGUGUUUGAUCACCUGCCUUUAGGACUGGCGCUAGUGUUGUGCCAAAAACAAAUUACCGUCAUAAAUUUGAUCCCCACAACAGCUAGAUCCGUGCACACAUGUACAUGUACAAUGUUUCAAUACCGUAUUGCGUACAUUCGACGCAUGGUAUUUUGCUCAGUGUGAAGGCACCAUUUAGUACUAUUUGGAACGCACUAGACGGGCACUUGUUCACCAUCAGGGAGUCAUUAACACAAAUACCUGAACAAAAUCGGAGAUUCUUUUGGGGGGAUAUUCAAUCCGCAAAGAUGGACAAGGCAAGUUACCUACAACAUCGCAUACCCAGUUCUCUCAUAGGGCAUAUUGCGUUCCUCUAUCGCCACACUAGCCUAUUGUUGGGACUGAAAUACAUGUCACCUAUGCCGACAUAGCCAGCCAUUUCUCUGCAACGUACCCAGGAUUUUCUCCCAAUUGCAUGGAAUGGAGCAAAUAGCACGUGGUUAAUCCUUUCUGAAACUAAUUUUCCAGUUGCAGCUCAUGUUCAAGGUUAAUUUGUACGGUCACAAAUGGACUCUUCAGAGCAAUAUCAAUGUGAUGUUUAUUCAGUUAAAAGUAAUAAACGCACUUUCGAGCGAAAAUUUAUUACAGUGUCACUUUAAUGUUGACAUUCGUACAUCGCUUCUGAAAGAAACGGGUUGCUUUUCUGUAAUGAUUCCAUCGUUUCGUGUCAACACUGGCAGGAACAAAAAAAAAACACAUUGUAAUUAAAUUUGGGUCUCCGUUGUUGGUGUGAGAGAGUGUGUGGGGAAUGUGUUAGGGGCUGCGAUGAUUACAUGUAUUUGUUAUUUUGUGUGUAAAUAAUAGUCCAUAUAACAGGACACAGCAGUCCCAGCUAUCAAAUGUACACUACCGAUGUUUGUGCAAUAUGUUAUCGAUUAACCAAAUAACAGUAGUGAAGGGUGGUAAAGUAAAUGUUUCACUUUGAUGUACUUGUUGAGCAUAGAACGUGUUCUGCGUCAAUGAAGACGCUUAAUUUUUCCCUUUGUUCGUAUUUUGUAUGAUAUUGGUUGAAAAUUAUGGCAAAACGUAAGUAAAUUACAUAGGUUUGGAGUAAUUUGCAUUAAAAGUGUUGUAAGUAGGUUCCCUCAUACGUACCUAUUCCGUUUGGGGGAUUUAUGUCUUCAAAUUGUCUUUUGCUCUUAAAGAAAGUAGAGCAGUACAUUGAACAUGUGGAACUUUUUCUAUUGAGAAAUUAGCAAGUAAAGAUCAUCACGAAAGACUGUUGGGGGUUGUUAUCCAAUUACUAGAACACGAACACACCGGGGCUCUUUUAACAAAAACUAAUUAUUCGUUGAAAACCUUAUAUAAAUCUUGUUUUUUUUUAUUUAUUCAUUGUUUGGGGGUAGGGUUUAACAGCUGUUUAAUGUGAAUGAAAAAAAUUCAUGUUUCCAGCCGGACCCGGGGGCUUUGCUAGUGUCUGCCGGGAUGGUGAAAAAUAAGCUUUCAUUGCAGUAUCAUGAUGAACAGGAUCAUGAAGACUGCAUCUGCAAGCGAGCCGUUAAGAAACCCUUGCACCGGCAAACAGGCCGUGUAACAUAGAUCAGUAGAUGCCAGCGUCAGCCUCGGAGGGCAAUGAUUCCCCGCAGGCUUGUAUGUCGAUGGUAGAGACGACAACAAAUGGGCAACGUUUCUCUCUCUCUCUCUCUCUCUCUCUCUCGGUAGUGAACGGAGAGCGCUCCGAUGGUCGUUGUAUCGAUCACUUCAUUCCUUUUUUUGGUCAUAAAACUGUUAUUAAGCAGAUUAUCUUUUCGCCAAAAAAAGUAUUUUGUGCCACGUUUAUAACAGCGAGAAAGAUCCCAAUGGCAUUUUAUUUUAAAUAUUAUCUAAGCGCUUUAAGUUUAUCAGGCGAUUGUAGCACAGCUACACUCUUAAAACAACUUAGUCAAAAUGUUGACUGAUUUUGCUAGUUGUUCAAAAUUGACUACGGAUUCACUCAAACACCUACGCUGACGUUGGCAAAUCAUGCUUCCUGACAAGAUUCCUAUUCGGUGCCUUUUGAAACAUCAAUGAACUGACUGGAAAAAUCUAGUCAGAUUGGCUAAUUUCCAGUUGUACCCAGCGGACCCCGAAGAGCCAGUCAAAUUUUGCUGAAUUCCAAUUAGAUUUGAUUGAUCCUUUUUAGAGUGUAACUUAAUGAAUUUAAUACCUAUAGUAUAGCCAUAUGAUGACUAGCAUCCGCUAUAAAUAAACAAGGUUUUUACAGCGAAAUGCCACAGUAUGAAGCUUGGCGGUAAUUAUAAUUGGCACUUAAAUAACCAGUUAGCUUCAGCAGCAUUAUUUGGGGUGGAAGGAACAAAAACACGGGAUAGGGAGGUCAUUUUGGCUGACUUCGUGAAAGAGUGGACUAGGGAAAGGAAGAGCAGGUUGUUUCCUGUUGAAAAGAAUAUAGUUUGGAAAGGUUAUUUGUAGUUCCCUGCCCGAAAGUGCUAGCCUUGAAGUUUGUUUUAUAUUCAAGAUAAACAAAAGUUCAUAUCAACGCGUUCACGUCAACAAUAUUCAGCCCACAGAUACAUGUAUAUUGCAUGAUACGAUUGUAUAUUAUUUCAACAUUUCCAGUGUUGCUAAAUUCGUGUAAGGACCUCGAUUAUUAAUAGCAGUGAGUCAAUUUGGUUGUUGUAGUGAUGACAUUUUGAGUUUUUGAAAUUUUAGAUGUAGGAUUUUCGAAACCUAGUUUCUUCCGUAUUGUUCGAUCGUAGUUGGGACUCACAGCUAUUUUGUGAGCAGUCGUACCGACUGAAAACGGUAAAUUAUUUGUUGGUAUACGUCGGGAAGAAGUUGUUGGCUGCUUUAAAAAAUACAGAUAAAUACAUAAACACGGAAACCUCUCCUUAGUACUGCAAGGAAAACUUUCAUCGGAAUAUCAAUAAAUCUUGUGAACAAGUAAGUAAGAAUAGUUCACGGAGGUCCACUGGAUGUAGCAAGGAUGCAAAGUUUAUGCUUUGCUGCGAUAUGGAAAGUGCACUAAUAUUGUAUCAGGGCACAGGCUGGAAAGGUACAGCCGAGAAACAUGCCAUGCCCAAAUCUCGUGUUUUAAAUUACGAAUCAAUUUGCGCGCGGGGAAAUUGAUACCCGCCGGGGGGGGUUAAAGUCACCUACGGUGGCGUGUUUUCAGGUCAAGAUAAGGACUUGUUGGAUUACUUGCAGAAGUGGAAGUGUCGUGUAUUAAUUUAUUUUAUGUUCGAAGGAUUCAAGUAGCCCAUGUCUAAUUUAUUUCUGAAAUAAAUAUUUUUACUACCAGGGAGUGAUUUUAGGCUUUUGUGAAGAGGUAGAAGAGUGAUGUUAUCACCGAAAGCAUCAAAUUCUGCUUUGUAACCAGUGUAAAUAUAUUUUGUCCUUGACUGAGAUCGCAGCUGUAAUAAACUGUGCGUGAAAUUAACCAGGCUUCGCAUCGAUACAGACUAAUUGAUAAGUGGAAUUUAGAGAAAUUGUUAUCACCUUUAUUUUGUUGUAAUGGAAGCAAAAUUGGUAUCGCUUUCUUCUUCCAGUGCUUAUAAUAGGCCUAUAUCGGCUAGGAAAAGAAAUCUAUGAAGUCAUUGUGGUUAUUUUUCUUGGGACUGACUUGAAAACGUUGAUUGUUUUGCUUUAAAUUGUACGUAAUGGCCAUUACUGGAUCACAGGUAUUAGUUAAACAGAAUAAUUAAACUUGAUAAAAGUUCAGUCUGUUGGGUUUUGAAGAGUUCAUCGUGUGUUUUUCCUUGUGUUGCCUUUGAAGGCUGUGAGGUAAAAAAUAAUGCACAAAUCAUUCGCGUUGUUAAUCGAGUUGUGCCCUUUCCUGUAUAUAGGUUUUCAAUAUCGCUAAGAUAAAUUUUGAUCAGUGAUUUGGCAAUGAUUGUUCAUAGAAAGUACAUUGUCAGGCCAGUGGACCCUGGAUUCUGAGGACAGAUGUUUUGGUAGUUGUUUUUUUUUUUGUGCUAUAGAACAAGGGGAAAUUAAUGUGACUGGAUACUUGCAGCGAGUUCUGGAUAGGUGACUUGUACAUGUACAUGUAUUCAGAAAAUGUUUCUUUUCAAAGGGAUUUAUGUCAGGUGUUUAAAGAAUUACAUCAAAAGCCUCAAAUGAAAACAAUGUUCAUAAGUAUUGGCAAAUAUUUAAGAAUGUACGAUAAAACAUCUUUAUUUUAGUAUGUGAACGAUCAGCAAAUUAUUCCUCAAUUGCUAAAAUUGGAAGCUGGUGCAAGAGUAAAUUAUCUAAAUGUAUGCCUUGUUAUUCAGUAAUGACGAAUAAAUGGAUUUAAGCACUCUA